ACUCGGGAUACGAUGUAGUUUACGCGCAACAGGAGCAGGCAGGCUCGGAGGCGCACGAGGCAUUCGACGCACCUGAACCUGAACUGAUCAGCAUUAUGGUUCGUCAGAAAAAAGUCAACAUGGUUUUUCAGCUGUUCUUUAGAGAUGCCACGAACGUUUUCGAAUGUUUCGCAGUUUUGGACUGUGUGCUGUGCUGCUGAUGGUAUUGGAGUGCAUCAGUCCGGGUCUGCCUUCUCCGCUGUGGCCCAUCUGUGACCUGCGCGCCCUCGACCACUUCAUCAAGAAGGCACAGGAGGCCGAGGUAGCCAUGAGGAGCUGUAAGGAGGAGUGUAGCCUAGCUGAGCCUCUCACGGUUCCCCAGCCCAGCGUGGACUUCGAUGCCUGGAGGAAGAAAACGUCUGAGCAGCAGGCUCAGGAGGUGCAGUCGGGGCUGUUCCUGCUGAGCCAGGCCAUGCGCUCCCUGAGGUCCUCCGUCAGCAGCAACGCGGCGCUGCACGCGCACAUAGACAACAACCUGGGCAACAUCAUCAGCAUCGGGCAGGUGCUGCGCAGCCUCAGCCUACCGGAGUACUCCCCAUCCGACGGAGGCACCACCAGCACCCAGCGCGUGACAUCGGCCUCGGCACUCUUCCAGGUUCACUUCAACUUCCUACGGGGGAAGGUUCGACUCCUGAUCUCCCACGCGCCCGCCUGCCAACAAGCUAUCAGCUGAUUGGGUGGCAACAUGGACAUGGGCCAAGCUGAUUGGAGCAGGGGUGGUGCGUGAGGGGAACCAAGGAUGUUAUGGGAUGUACAGCACAG